AUGGUGGUGUGUGCCUUCUCCAUCGCUUUCCUCUUCGUCACCCUGUGGGAGGUCUGCCGACACGUCAGCGUGAUCCAGCACAGCGCUGUCGCCCUAACCCUAAUCCCGAUAGCCUUCUUUCUCAGCAACGUCUUGUGUACUUCCUAUAACGUACUGGGCGGCACUCUGCAGACGUUCGCCAAGGAGAACGCGCAGGCCCUCCCAGAGCCGCUCUUCUACGUAAUUGCGGCCAUCCGCCCGCUUGCAGCGCAGGCUGGCUUGACGGACACACUGUGGAUGGCAUGCCUGCUGUUUGUUGCCUAUGGUGUCACGAAGGUGUGGCACCACUUGAUUGACAUUACACGACUGCUGAAGGCAUCACGACGACGGUUGCAGCUGCCCGAGUUGCGCGAGCUCCGCCGGCAAGAGGCGGCGGCGAAGGCAAAAGUGGAAGGAAGACAUUGA